AAAAGCCGGAUUCUUUUAACCACUCGACUAAAAUAUGUUGCUGAUUAUGUAAGUUGCCCUGAAUUUCCUCCUCAUAAUAUGUCUUUUCUAACUUCAGAUGAUAGUUGGAGUCUAUUUACCGAAAGACUAUUUAGAAAAGAUCCAUGUCCUCCACAACUAGAACCAAUAGGUAAGCAUAUCAUACAACAUUGUCAAGGAUUACCUUUCUCAAUUACUGUCAUUGCUGGACUUCUUGGCAAGGUGGAUCCUACCCGUGAUAACUGGAAGAAAGUUGAGGAAAAUUUGAACUCAUUCUUUGGUACGGUUUCUGAACAGUGUCAAACAAUUCUUUCUUUGAGCUACCGUUACUUGCCCCAACAUUUGAAGGCUUGUUUUCUCUAUAUUGGAGGUUUUCCUGAAGAUAUGGAGAUUAGUGUUUCGAAGUUGAUUAGGCUAUGGAUUGCUGAGCUAUUCGUAAAGCCAAGAAGCAAUAAAAGGUUAGAAGUGGUGGCGGAGGAAUAUCUACAAGACUUAAUUGAUAGAAGUCUAAUUUUGGCCGGUACACGAAGGCCUGAUGGGAGGAUGAAAACUUGCAAAAUUCACGAUCUUCUUCGACAGUUAUGCAUAAGAGAAUCUCAACUUGAUAAUUUUAUGCAUGUACUGAAUGAUAAUGACUACACUUUCUCAAAAGACAUUGAUAUUUAUCCACGGCGAGUGAUGCUUUCAUGUCAUGUUAGUCAUCCAGAACAUGGAAGUGGUACUACAAGUACAACCCGCAGCUUGGUUUUUAUGAGCUUUUUUGAUAAAUUUUCCCGACAGUGUCCUUGUUCCAUUAUCUACAAUUUCAAGCUGCUAAAGGUGUUGGACUUUUCAUCAAUUGAUUACGAUUUUUGUCGUAUAAUACCUGAACUUGUACAUUUAAGAUAUGUUGCUGCAAACAUUGAAGAAGCUCCUUCACUAACCAUAUUGAGGAAUUUACGGACCAUAAUUCUUCGUACUAUAGAAAAAAAAGAUUUGGAUCUCCCACUAGAGAUCUGGACAAUGUCAGAUAUAAGACAUCUUGAUAUUGGACGGCAUAUACAUAUGCCUAAUCCUCUAGAGGCAGAAAGUCGUGGCAUUGGAGAACAACCUUUGUUCCUCAACAACUUGCAGAAACUUGCUCUAUAUUCCUCUCCCUUUGAGGCGGAAAUCCUAAGAAGAACUCCUAAUCUAAAUAAGCUGAGGGUUACAAAUAUUGAUAGCACUCAGUGGUCCGAUUUUCUUGAUUGUCUCUUUCUUCUACAGGGGCUUGAGACACUAGAUAUUCGGGCAGAAGUAUCACAUGGUCAACGCGUUCUCCAUAGGAAUAUUUUUCUGCCUAAUAUCAAGCAAUUGAGAUUACGCUUCACUAGUUUGGCAUGGGAAGAUAUGGUUGUAUUGGCUAAUUUACCCAAUCUUGAGGUUCUCAAAGCACAUUGUGGAUUCAUAGGGACAGAUUGGAGACUAAAUGAGAAUGUUGUGUUUCAAAGAUUAAAAUACCUACGCCUCGAGUGGGAAGAUCUGGAAAGGUGGGAAGCAGCUAGUGAUAAUUUUCUGAUGCUUGAGCAAUUAGUCCUGGCUAUGUUAUUUAGGCUGGAGGAGAUUCCCCAGAGUAUCGGAGAAAUAAUGACGCUAAAACUAAUACAAAUAGAAUAUUGCGGCUCUACAGUCGAGACUAGUGCAAAGAAAAUUCAACAAGAGCAAGAAAGCUGGGGCAAUGAUGAGCUUCAAGUUCGAAUUAUUAGGUAAGUUAAAAAUUCCAUCUUUGAUUAUUAGCAAUAUCUUGUUGAUUAAAAUUGUCAAUUUUCUUGGAAGUACUAGUUCUUUUAACCCCAACCAAGGAGGAUUAUCAGUAGUUACUGUCUGAACUAAAACAAACAUUACACCAGCAUAGUUUGUACAACAACUAAGAUGUGUUUGUUAAGCUUGAUUAUGACAAUUUAGUUCUCUAGA